UCACAUGAUAAGUCCUGGGGCCCUUCAUUUAAUCGGAGAGCAGAGCAGCAGAGAAACUUUAUUCUCACUUCUCAGCAGAGACUGAAGGAGUUACUGUGUGGAAGAACUGGGCAUUCUCUGCUCCUCUGCGCAGGCUGAGCUGACGCACGGUCUCACACACCAUGAGCAGAGUUUGCCACCACCUCGGAUUCCUGCUCCUGGCUGAAGCGGUUCUGUGUACUGCUGCCAUACGGUUUCAAGAUGUGCUGAGCCAAGACAGAACUUCUCCUGUCACACCCUAUAAGAAGCUACAUGGCUGGUCUAGUGACCAAAAUGAAUGGAAUGAAAAACUUUAUCCUUUCUGGGAAGAAGGAGAUCCCAGAUGGAAGGGCUGCUGGAAAGGAGGAAGGGUGAGAGCCAAGUUGGUGACUGAUAGCCCAGCACUGGUAGGCUCUAACGUGACCUUUGUCGUGACUCUCCAGUUUCCCAAGUGUCAAAGAGAAGAUAAUGAUGGCAACAUAAUAUAUGAGAGAAACUGUACCCAGGAUACUCCGGCUUCACAGGAUCAGUAUGUCUACAACAGGACUAAAUGGAUGAACAACUGUGGCUGGGAAAACUGCACGAGCAACCACAGCCAUAAUGUAUUCCCAGAUGGGAGACCUUUCCCUCACCAUUCUGACUGGAGGAAGAGGAACUUUGUCUAUCUGUUUCAUACAUUUGGUCAGUACUACCAAAAUACUGGACGCUUUUCAACAACUGUUUCAGUCAACACAGCAAAUAUCACUCUUGGCAAACACGUGAUGGAGGUAUCCAUUUACAGGAGAGGGCACUCAACAUAUGUUCCAAUUGCAAGAGCAAGUAGCAUUUAUGUUGUAACAGAAAAAAUUCCAUUAUUUGUGAAUAUGUCCCAGAAAAAUGACCGCAACAUCUCAGACUCUAUCUUUAUCAAAGACUCACCAAUCACAUUUGAUGUGAAGAUCCAUGAUCCCAGUUACUAUCUCAAUAAUUCUGUCAUCUCCUACAAGUGGGACUUUGGAGAUGGAAGUGGGUUAUUUGUAUCAAGCAGCUCCAUUACACCUCACACCUAUGCUCUACAAGGAAACUUCACUCUGAAUUUAACUGUCCAAGCUAUUAUACCUGUACCUUGCAAGCCAGUAACACACACUCCACCAAUGCCCACCUCAGCAGACUCUUCUACCACUGUCAAGACAACGGGAGACAAUCCUGAUGGAGGCUGCCAUAUUUACAGAUAUGGAUAUUACAGAACCAGUAUCUCUAUUGUAGAGGGAAUCCUUGAGGUAAAUAUCAUUCAGAUGACAAACAUCCAGGUGACAGAAAGUCAAGCUGAAAACUCACUGGUUGACUUUGUUGUUACCUGCCAAGGGAGUCUUCCUACAGAUGUCUGUACAGUAGUUUCUGACCCCACAUGCCAGAUGUCUCAGAGUGUGGUAUGUGACCCCAUCAUCAUCACUGACAAAUGCCUUCUCACCAUACGGAGAGCUUUUGAUGAACCUGGAACAUACUGUAUAAAUAUCACCUUGGGAGAUGACACAAGUCAAGCCCUUGCAAGCGCGCUUGUAUCUGUAAAUGGAGGAUCAUCCUCAGGAACAACAGAAGGUGUCUUUAUCUUCCUUGGUUUGCUGGCAGUGUUUGUCCUCAUUGUGGCUUUCGUCCUUUACAAGAGAUACAAACAAUACAAACCUAUUGAGAGAAGACCAGGACAAGCAGAGAACCAGGAGGGACUCAGCGCUUACUUCAGCAAUUUCAAAGCCAUUUUCUUCUCUAGGAGCAAUGAGAAAGAUCCUCUGCUGAAAAGCAAGCCAGGCAUUGUUUAAAUCUUUAGUUCAACACUGACUAUUAGAUUAAGUACAGGACUCAUGUCUAAACUGUACUUUGGAUUUUUUUUCUUAUUAAAACAAGGGGGUAAGGUGAAAACACAUAUAGAUUGGUUGAUAACUUUUGGGGGCUUGGUGCAAUUAGAAAUAUGAAAUAGUCCUUCUUAGAAAAGAGUGAGGUAGUUUUGAGCACCUGUUGCUUUUGCUUGUGAUCUAGGAUACACUCUACUGAAUAGUUAAAACCCCCAUUCUUAUCUGCGUUUUCUUACUUCUAGGCUACUUACUUGUAAAAUGAAUCAGAUCUGUAAUCCAGAGGAAGAAAGAUUAAUGUUUUUGUUGUUGUUUUUUUUAACUUCUAAAUAUUACGUCUUAAAUAUACAGUCCAGUGUAGCUGCUUACUGCCCUGGCAGGAUACAUGCCUUUGCUAAGAAGAAAGAUUGGGGCGGGGGGCGGAGACACAAAUUAUGUCUGUGGGGAGCAAUGUACAAAUCUCAUUGUAGUCCAGAUCAUGGACACCCAAACAACAGAUUGACAGGGUCCACCUACAUGCUUCUCUCCAGCCUAAACUUUUAGUCUGAGACCCAUGUAAAAGUCUUAGAUGUGAUUGCUGAUGGUGGCUUUGUUUCCUGUUGUUUCCACUGGUCAUGAGACAUCGGAUUGGCACCACCACUCCCCAGAGGGCAAAUAUAUGUUCCAGGGACAAGGGUAAAGAGAACAAGGAUCCUAACAGAAAGGUGUGAGCAUUUGACUCCCAGAGCAGAGUGUGUUUUUUCCCUUCUCUUGCCAUUCAUCUCAUGCUGUAAGGAGACAUUGUUCUCUGCUUGUUCCUCCAUCCCCUCUCACUUUGACUACUUACUCGAAUAAAUUAAAGUCCCAUGGUAAAUAAAGCAAUAUGCUCCAGUUUCUGCUUUUGCAUGAUACAGCUUAGAAACUGUAAAAGUCUACAAAAUCGAUGCAUCUUUGUUUGUUAGUGUAGCUGCAGCUUUGUGUUAGCAAAACUCAUUUUUAGGCCUUUCUCAAGUGAUCUGGUCUUCUAGCCAUACACUCUCAUAAUCUGGUACUGUUGGUAUUCAAUAGUGGAAGACUAGAAGCAAACUGCUGAAGGCUGGACCACUGGAUGAUAAGAAAAAAGGAGAACCUCUUAUAUGUGGAAGGGAAGAGGUUGUUAUAGAGGCUCACUGAGAUGAGAAAACAGACCAAAAUGCCUUAAAUGGUCCAUUUUCCAUAGGAGUCUUGCUGUUAAUAUUAAAGUUUAUAAUCAAAAUGAAAUUAACUUUCAGUUGGAAGCUGGGGAAAUGACUUCACAUAACCCAAUUCUAAAUGCUGAAUCCACUGAAGAGCUGUAUUUCAACAUAUUUAGCUUCUUUACUGUAACUUGAAACUUGAGACUGACACCUAUUGCUCUCAGUUCAUGAGAAGAUAUUUAAGCAUGAAUGCAUUUUACUGAUAUCUUAGUAGACCUCUCAAAUGCUCUCCAUCUUCACUCUGAUUGGAGUCUUCGCUGCCACCUCCCCAGUGUGCAUGGAGACCUUUAAAUAGCUUGAAAAUAUAAAAAGUUCAGAUUGUGACACACCCGUGAGAUUAGUUCUUUAGUUAUAAUUCAAUAGCCUCCUUUCUUCUUUUGUUUCUAGGUUCUCUGAUUAUUUUAACUCUUUUGUGGCCAUUCCAGAUAUAUAUUUUUAAAAGCACCACAUUGGCCAUUGUUCUGUCUUCUUUAUACAUAACUGUUCAUCCUCUUAUGUAACCAUAACUGUGCAUCUAAAACUAUUCUCUGACUUAAAACACAUUUUCCUGCAGAAAUUAUUAUCCGCAUUUUAUGGCCUAAGUUAUCAGUGAGACUGAUGAUAGGAGGGAGUGUAGUUUGCAUGAUACUGAUGAUAUGAGGGUAGCAUACAUGUUGCUCUGGCUUGAGGCAAGACAGGAAUUUAGUCAAAAGCUUACAAAGACCUGUAAUGCAGUAUGAAAAUAUAGGUCUACUGCAGCAGUAAUGCUUAGGAUCAGUGAUGAUGCAGGCUGUCACUGACUGUAGGCUAUACGCAGAAAGCAUCUUGUUCCAGCACAACACUACGUAUUAAACAGAAGCACAGAGACAUCUUACGCUAUUGUACAGAGACUAGUUUUCAUCCAUACUUUCUUUUUUUAAUCCUUCAUCCUAAGAAUACAGAAUAGUUUGCAUUAUCUUCCUUUAAAUGUCAUGUUAGAAUAUUUACAACUUGAUUAUGCCUUUUCAGGUGUAACUUCUAAUUCAUAUAUCUUUGGUUUUACACAGUGGAUUCUGACUGCUGUAUUGACAAAUAAACUACCUAAUGAUUUUAAA